AUUUUAACUGACAGGUGUCGAGAUGUUAUGUGUUAUUUGCUGUCCUAGUCGUAACGUAUAUAUCAAGCUGUGUAGGCCAUAGACAAUUUCAAAAGUGAAAUUUUAUUGAAGAUGGCGACUGUAGCAACCUAUCCGCCCACCCCGUUCAUUUACAAUAUGGGAAGCAUCUACAAAGGCAAGACGAUCUUCAUUAGCGGAUUUAUUCCGCCAAACGCCGAUAGGUUCAAUGUCAACUUUGAGAGCAAACCGUGGGGACCGGAUAUUGCCUUCCACUGCGACUUCCGGGUUAACCAAAACGUGAUAGUGCUUAACAGCUUUGCGAACAAUGCAUGGGGCACAGAAGAGCGUGUCACCAAAGACUUCCCCUUGAAACCAAAGGACUUCUUUGAGAUGACGAUCCGUGUGGAAAAAGACGGAUUUAAGGUUUCCGUGAACAACAACUGUCACCUGCACUACAACCACAGAAUGAAACCACUGAGCCAAUUCACGCAUCUGAGAAUAGAUGGAUCGGUCAUUAUAAAAAAAGUUCGACACCAGUGACGAAAAAAGAAAACGUGCAUUUUCUCAUAUACAACGGUUAUCUCUAUAAAUUGGGACCUUAUUAGAAUUGUUAUUUUUGUGUCAAUGUCCAUUUACAAAUACUCAACAAUUACAUGUUUAUGUUAGGAAAUAUGUAUCGGUGAAUACGUAGAGGGAGAACAGGUAAUCGUUAUAUGAAAUGCACAUUCAACGUUGUAAACGAUAUAACGAACUUAAAUUGCUUUAAAUGUACCGCUGUAUGUGUUAAUAACCGACUUAAGCUAUUUAUCACUCUUUUUAUAACAGUUUGCACUCCCGAUAUCUUCAACUCAACACUGUUCUAAUAUUAUACUGUCGUACGUUUCAUACUUUGUUUUUUGCCUAUGUGCAGUUGUAUUUGCUCAAUAAACAUGACCUUCA